CAGGUGCAGGUAGAGUCGACGCCAUAUCCAAAAAUAAAACAACACUUUUAUUCGAAAUUGGUGCUGAUUUAAAGAAAGAAUCAAAAAAUUCUCUAAGAAGUAACAAUAGCAAAAGUAUUAUCAAGAAGAAGAAUUCGGAAGAAUUGAAGAAACAGCAAGACGUUUGUAACGAUAAUAAAAUGUCCAUUUCACCAAGUAUGGAUCACGCUCCACUUUCAACAUGGAUAGAAAACUGGAUUAUGGAUGUUUGUGGAACAUUUAUUGAAGAGAGCAUACAAAAUAAUGACUUAUCCAAGUCUACAUCGAUACAAUAUGGUUCGCUAGAUAGUGAAUCGCAUUCUUUUGAGACGAUUGGCAGUCAAUCAUCGAAUCGAACAUGUAAUGAUGAAAGUGACAAACAAAACACUUGCCCAGUUUUUGAAGAUGUGAGUAGUAGUGUUAGUAGUAGAGAUAGUACAACUUUAGGAAGGGAUAGGAAACUACAUUUAGAUAUGUCUUCAAUAACAUUUGAAGAACUUUGUAAUCGAUUCCAUAGUACUUCGGAGCUUGAUCUGUUGACAGAAAUUAAAAGAAGGGUCACUCAACACGUACGAGGACGUUCUAAAAAAAUGAAACCGGCCAAGUUGCGAUCAGUAGGACUGUGCACUUGCUACGAGAAAGACUUCGGGCUUGAUAACAUUUGUAGCUUGUGUCAAAGAAAUGCCAAGGAAGAUUUGACUUAUAGUGGUUUUGACAAACUGGAGCUCGAACAAGAAAUUCAUAAACUCUUAUAUUUUCCUCUUGAUGAUGAAAGAGUGCAUUUCUUGGACGAUGAAAAGAAAUGUUUUCAAAAUUGUCACAAUUACAUAUCUAGUCACUCUGAAGGAAACAUGGAAAUGCAAAAUGUCAGGAUGGUCUAUAGGAUAGCAUUAUCUGCAUUCACAUGUCUGACCAGACUUAGCAUCAACUAUAAUUAUGUUGCCGAUGGAUCAGGUGAAACCCUUUUCUGCAUUGGUGCAAUCAGAAAAGGUAAAUUGGCAGACUUGGAGAUUUUAUGCACAAACCAUGAUACACCUUCAAAUUCUAAACAGCCUCAUACCUAUUUGACCAAACGUCUCUCUAUUCCAAACUUAGUCUGGAAGAAAUUGAAAUGCCUUUGUCCACAAUUGCGGUUGCAUUUGGUGAUGUGUGAGUAUACAUUCAACCUCAUUUACCGUAGCGUAUGCUAUUCUGGAUGAAAUGGAUUAUAUGAAAUUUAAUUUUUUCUACUCUAAUAUUUUAAAAGUAUUUCAAUAUAGCUGACGAAUCAAGCCCACUCAAUUUGAAGACGAAUAUAAAAAUCACUGAUACUUUCUUCAUAGUUGAAUCACAAUCAAUUUUAUAUAGUUUAUGAGAUUUUAUUCAUAAUACUAUGAAGUGAGACCGAUCAGAUUGAUAACUACUGUACCGACACUCGAUACUUGCACAUUUCAAUGGAACGAAUUCUAUUCUUUGAAUACGAUUUGCGCUAACAAAUAGGCCUAAUAUAAAUCACUCUAUACUUGCAAAUCAGACAUAAUCAAUAACUUUGAUUUUUUUCUUGCGAUUUCUAGAAACUAUAUAUUUGUAAAACUAGUUUUUAGUAAUUGGAUAACUCACAGUAGAAUCUACAAUUGGAAUGAUGGAAGAAAUGGGAGAUAAUGCACCAAAUAAAUGCUAAUAGAAUUAUGAAUAAUUCCAAUUGAACUUGAUGUAUUCAAAUGUUUAUUUAAUUAAUAAAUGUUGCAGUUGGAAUAUCAAAAUAUAACUCAGCUAGUUCAUUCCUGAGUAAAGACAUGCCGCUAACGUCACUGCAUGUUUCAACUGGCAACAAUGUUACACCAGUUAAUUUACUCAAACCUGGAGAAAAGUUAGAACUUUGGAACUUUGAUCAAAUACUGAAAGCCUUAGGGAUGUUUCAUGACUCAUUAGUAUCUCUCACCCUAGAGUUGUGGAACUUUGCCUACAAAACUGAUGACACGCUUGUGAAACUGCUCAUGAAACUGAAACAUGUAGAACGUUUCCGAUAUAGAGGACCAAUCCAAUCUAUGCAAACUAUCGACAGAAUCUGUGAUUACUAUCUUGGAAAGGAAAACCUCAUUGAGCUAAAAAUCUGGAAGAUUCAAGAACCACUAUUCCGACCUGAAGCCGAUUUGGAUGCGAUUAAAUGUAAGGAGAAACAAUAUAAGCCAGAAUUUGUAAACAGAGAAGUGGAUUUCGCCCUCGGUUCUUUUCCACUUUAAUGUUGUUUUAAGAGAGCAUCAAUUCAUAUAAUAAAUAAACUCACAUUUUCAGCUU